CUCGCGCGCAAUCAUUCCCCACCUCCUCCCCUCCGGAACGGAGCCUGGCCGCUCGCUCGACUCGGUCUCCCCUCGGUCCUCCCUCUCGUUCAGCCUCCCGUCCCCGCCGGAUCCGCGCCGCCGUCCCCGCCGUCUACGACCGCCUCCGCCGGGCCCGGGAGGCCUUCGUGGCCGCCGAGGUGGCCGGCACCGCUGACGUGGAGGCGUUCCUGGAGGAGCUCAAGGGCGUCGCGCUCGAGGCCAACCGCCUCCGUCGGGGCGUUCUUUCGGAGCUCGUCGCCGCCGCCGGGGGUUACCAGGCGGCGCUCUACCUCGAGGCGCUAUCGCGCUUCGUGCUAUCCAUGCAAGACCCCGAGGUGCUCCGCCGCUUUGACCAGUGCCGCCCCUCGCCCGGUAGCUAGUCCCCCUUCUUGCUCCCAAGGCAUCUUUGAGAAGCACGAGAUGGGGUAGCAAGUGCUGGGCAGCGAGGACCAAACCAAGAAGACAAAGUAUAAUAUUGUAUGAUACUCUUGUCCCAGUUAGAUACAAUCGGUGGCCAGUUGAGUGGUAGGUGGUGGUGAGCGACUCGAAAACGUUUGCAGCAGCGUCCUGUGGGCAGCUGCGCCUCGUGGAUCCGACUUGGACUCCAAUUUUUCCCCAAGGAACCAUGUCGCCAGCAGUGACGCCUCAGUAUUAACCCUCCUGAGAAUUGACUUGCUACCAAAUCUUUUAUGACCUAUUCGUUUUGAGUGGAUUGGCAAGAUUAAAUCCUGGCCGGAUUGAGUGACACAGGUGGAAUCACUCAAACUGGGUCUGGAAGUAAUCCUGGCUGGAAUCCAAUCCGGCUUAAACGAAUGAGGCCUAAACUGAGCGCUGGACCUGCAUCAGUUUGUAUCUGAACUGGCCCACAGCUCAGUGAGUUAACCUCGGAGGUCGACGUGUGGUUGAGGAGGCGAAAGCUCGCACGGACGCUUAUCUGUUCCGGAGGCCGGCCGGCAUCGUCAUCCGACGCAAACCACAAACGUUUGCAUUCCAAGAUAAAACCAAAGCAAACGUUUGCAUUCCAAGACAAAACCACUCCUGCCACAACCACAACCGCAUUCUGUCACCCCAUUUCCAACCAUCCAUUCAGACUCCGAUCGAGAGCAGAGAGAUGGUCGAGCCUGCUAUUUCUGCCGUCGCUGGGAGCAUCAAGGACCUUGCUGUCCAGGAGACCACACUGCUGUGCGGAGUCAUUGGUGAAGCCGGGUUCUUGAAAGAUGAUCUGCAGCGUCUACAUGGCUUCCUCAACGAUGCCGACACCAAGCGGAGAUCAGGGAAUGCAAAUGCCACUAUCUGCAUUAGGCAGAUCAGGGAUGCCACAUAUGAAGCUGAGAAUGUCCUCCAAGUUGUGGACUACAUGAAAAAGAGAAACAUGCUCAAGAAGGGCUUUGUCGGUGCCAUUUCAAGGUAUGCUCGCUUACCAAGCGAUUUGAUCACUCUCCACAAAGUUGGUAAUGAAAUUCAACGUAUAAGGAGGAGGGUUAGUGAGAUAUUUGAAAGUCCAAGAAAUUUGGAAUUCCUUAAUCGGGGUAAUACUGAGUUAGGCAAUUUUCAUGUUGAUGAUGAGUCUCUGCAAGAUCACGGUCUUGUGCUCCAAAAUUUUGAAGCUGUUACUGCUAUCGGUUUUGACAAUGAGCAAAAAGAAAUAGUUGAAAAAUUAACUGAAAAGGAUAACAAGCUUAGUGUAGUCUCCAUUGUUGGCAUGGGUGGAGCAGGAAAAACUACACUUGCUAGAAAAAUCUGCAGUUCAGAUAAAAUAAAACAACAUUUCGACGCAAUUGCUUGGGUUACUGUAUCUCAGAAGUUUGAGGUUGUUGAUUUAUUGAAGGAUAUUAUGAAACAGAUCACUAGGGGCAGAGAUGAUGGUAGAGAAGUUGGUCAAAUGGAAGAGAUAGCUUUGAGAAACAAGAUACAAGCCUUCCUUACAGAAAAAAGAUAUUUAGUUGUGCUUGAUGAUGUGUGGACAACAAAUACAUGGAACCAAAUAAAUAGAAUGGUCAAAGUAUUUCCAGAUUUAAAUAAUGGCUGUAGAGUAAUGUUAACCACCCGGAGGAUUGAUGUUGCUAAUCAUAUUGAAAUGCCAACCUUUGUUCACCAACUGAAGCUCUUGGAUGGUGAAAAGAGUUGGGAACUUUUUAGUAUGAAAGCUUUACCACCAUAUAGAAGGUCCUUGAUACAGAACAUUGAUGAGUUUGAAGAGAUAGGGAGAAAGCUUGCACGGAAAUGUAAAGGACUACCACUUGCACUAGCUGUUUUGGGGGGCUAUCUAUCGAGGAAUUUAAAUCUAGAAGCAUGGUCAGAUAUACUACAGGGUUGGACGUCAACUGAAAAUGGGCAGAUGAUGGGAGCCAUACUAGCUCGAAGUUAUAGUGACUUGCCAAAUCAUUAUAUAAAAUCUUGUUUCCUCUAUCUUGCUGUCUUCCCUGAGGAUUACUCCAUAUCUGUAUCGGAUCUUAUCAAAUUAUGGAUAGCGGAAGGCUUCAUUCCACCUAUAACAAGGCACACACGGGAACAAACAGCACGUAUGUACGUAAGUGAUCUGGCUCAAAGAUGUUUGGUUCAAGUGGUUAGACGAAGCAAGGCCAACGGAUGGAUUGAAGAAAUAAGGAUUCAUGAUAUUUUACGUGACUGGUGCAUUGAAGAAGCGAGAUAUGCUGGUCUUGUUGAUGUCAUCGACAACACUAUAGGCCAUGUUGGUGAAUCUUCGUCCAAUACCAUGGUCUCCUAUCGUUCAUCUUUUCAAAACUUCUGUGAUGGUAACAUGUUCACAGCAACACCUAAUCUCCGAACUCUGUUUGGCUUUGAACUUCCACCAUUCUCCCGACCCAAGCUGAGAUUCCUCAGAGUUCUCUAUGUGGAAGAGUCGAUCCUAAUUAAUUUUGGCAGGGUUAUCAGUGGGUGCAUUCACCUAAGAUAUCUCGGGUUGAGAAGGUGUCAGCAGGCUACGCUACCUUCUUCAAUUGGACAAUUUCUUUACUUGCAAACUAUAGACCUGAGAGAAACGAGCUUGGAAUCGGCAAGAAUACCAAACUCUUUAUGGGACAUCCCUACUCUAAGGCAUGUUUACCUUGGAAAGGCAUCUUUUUCAGCUCCAAGGAAUUGUCCACAGAAAGAGCUCCAGUCCUUACAUUUGAGUCUCCCAUACAAGGGGAACAGUAAAUUCUUCCGGAGUGGGUACAUUUGGGCCUUUUUGGGCCAAAUGACCCAACUAACUUCUCUCGUAUUGACAGCGGCGGAGUCCAUGCCCGCAGAGAUGAUUCAUGCACUGGCAAACAUGACUUUUCUGGUUGAGGUUACCCUUGGUCGGUUCACGUUGCUCGAUAAGUUGCCUGAUAGCCAGCUUCUCCCGCAAGGCCUACGGAGGCUUCUUUUAUCCGCUGAAACCAUUAAAGAAGACCCGAUGCCAAUCCUGGAGAAGCUUCCCUGCCUGGUGGUGCUCGAGUUAUGGGGGUACAAAGGCCGAACCAUGUUCUGCUCUGCCAAAGGGUUCCCACGGCUGCAAGAGUUGUACCUUUAUGAUUUCUCCAUUGAGGAGUGGAGGUUGGAGGUCGAGACAAUGCCAAGGCUCUCACUCCUGGACCUUAAAUUUUGCCUGAAAAUGAAGAAGCUCCCGGAGGGACUGCUGCACCUGCCGGCUCUCAAGGAGCUUCAUCUGGCCCCCACGGACCUGAAUCCUGAAGAUGACGUCACCUGGAAAAAGCUGGUUGGGAAAGGAUGCAAGGUGUCUCAUCGUUAAUGCUGCCUUUGACUGGUGCUUCGUCGUCGCAUGCCGCACGCGCACAUGAGAGGAGAAUGUAAAUUGCAAUGCAUUUGUGUUGCUCUCUCUUCAGUAUUUCUGGUGUGUUAAUGUUACACCAUGCACUCUGUUUUCCCGACAUGAGAUUUCAGCAAGCAAACUUGUGCCGCUGAGAAGAACACGGUUGUGAUUAUCUGUAUAUUUCGUAUAUGGACAGUGGCUUGGCUUGUACGUUUA